AUGCUCGUCACUAUCUACACGUUGCUUGGUAUUGCCAGCUUCACAGCUCAUGUCUCAGCGAAGGACACAAUCGACCCAACGUCAACGCUUAUCUGUCACAAACGGGAGUAUUCCUACCGCAUCUCGAAACCACACAACGGUCUCCCUUGCUGGGAUGACGUCAGCGUGAUGUCAUGCUGGGGGCGAUGCGACUCCAACGAGAUCGGCGAUUGGGUGUAUCCAUUCAAGAUAAGUCACCACCCAGUGUGCGAGCAUGAGGUGAGGAUUCCACGUCUGGUGCGCCUUCGACACUGCCACAGCUUGCACCCCGACCCUUACUACGAGGUAGUCGAUGCGGAAUCGUGCGCGUGCAAGGCGUGCGAGACAAAAGACACGAGCUGCGAGAGCAUCAAAUAA